AAGGAAAACAGGGUGAAUCGCUAUUCUGGCUUCCGCGCAGAAUAGCGAAGUUCUUUUACCACCUAGGUUGAGCCGUUAUUCUCCUUGCUUUCGAUGGCAGACGACACGCAAGUUUGAUCACGUGAUGUUAACAAAAGAAUUCACCAGCCGAUUGUUGCGCGAUUAAGUUUUUAGCCAUUUUGCGAACCAUGUGGUCGUUUUACUUGCGUUCUGUUCAGAAACGUAAGUGGCGAGAAUAGGCAUUUUGUGAACUACUGAAAAUGGCGGCGUCUGUGAUAGCGUACGAGCUCCUUAGAAGGCAGGCUUUUCAAAAAAGAAUAUACCGCAAACGGAGUGAUGCAUUUAAAUUACGUGACGAUGAAUUCGUAAAUUUAUUUCGACUUCCAAAACAUUUAGUUAGGUUUCUUUGUGAACAGCUGCAAGAAGAAUUAAAGCCAGUAAGCGAAACGCGGACGGCGUUGUCGGUAGAAAUAAAAGUACUAUGUGCUCUUAGAUUCUUUGCUACGGGCUCACAUCAAAAAGAUGUUGCGGGAGAUUUAACUCUCGCUUGCAGCCAAGCUUCUGUAAGCAGAGCGAUUAUGACUGUUAGCGCUGCGAUCAAUAAAAUUUUGUUUGACAGGUAUGUUUACUUUCCUCCAUUUGAGCAAUAUGGGCUAUUGAAAAAACAAUUUCAGGAGCUAACUAAAUCUUCUGAAUUUCCAAAUGGAUUCCCAAAUGUACUUGGAGCGAUUGAUUGCACUUACGUGGGAAUCCUUGCUCCUCCCAGUAGCUCUAUGAAUACUGAUCAAGCGUAUCUAAACAGAAAAGGAUAUCAUUCAUUAAACGUCCAACUGGUCUGUGAUGCUAACAUGCAGAUACUCAGUGUAAAUGCCGACUGUCCUGGAAGCACUAAAGACUCUGUCGUUUGGCAUUCUGAUAGUCUACGCGAGUUAUUAAUGGAGCAUACUGAUGUUAAUAAUACUAGUAUUGGCUGGCUUCUCGGUGACAGAGAAUUUCCAUUGGAACCAUGGCUGCUGACGCCUGUUUUAAAUCCAGAAACAAACGCUGAGUAUAAUUACAAUGCCUGUCAUGCAAGAAUCCGUCAAGUUUUGGAGCGCUGCAUUACAUUACUCAAGAGCCGUUUCAAGUGUUUAGGUGAAAAUCGUGUAUUGCAUUACAGUCCCUUUACGGCAGCAUCAAUUAUAAAAGCCUGUGUCGUCCUCCAUAACAUGUGUAUACAAAAUAACAUGGAAACCGGAGGAGAGACUAUAUAUGAUGAAAACGAAGGAGUAAUAUGUUACGAAGACCAGGAAUUUCCUCUCCCAGACAUGUCGUCUGAAGCAGCUUACAAUCUACGAAGGAACUUAACUCAAAAUAAUUUUUAAAAUGCUUUAGUGUUUAAAUUACUGACCUUUUUCAAUUCCAGUUAUAGUGAUAUUUUAUAAAAGACUUUUGAUGUUGUAAA